AUGGAAAGGCUGGUAUUUUUGAUGAGCUUUUGUUCGCUGUUGUCCAAUACACAGCAAGCACCAUCAUUUCUUAUUACUGCCCCAAACGUGGUACAUUUGGGCACGCAAGAGACAAUAACAGUUCAAGUCCAUGGAGCACAGAGGCCUGUGCAAGUUACUGCAUACUUCAAAGAUGAGACAAGAAAUCAGCUCCUAUCAGAGAGGAUCACCUUUAACCUUAACCAAAAUAACAACUACCAAGCAAUGGAAAAACUAAUGGUCAAGCCAGGGAGCGUGCAAGAGGAUCUGUUCAAGAAGAAUAAUCGGCCGCAUGUCCUGCUAGUCACCGAAAGCACGGACCUUUAUAAGAAAACCACUGAAAGCAUUCGCAUCCUCCUGUCUUCCAAGAAAGGCUACAUUUUUAUUCAGACAGAUAAGCCUAUAUACACACCAAACUCAAAAGUAAAAUACAGGAUCUUCAUUUUGGACAAUGCUAUGAGGCCAACAGAUGAUACAGUUACAGUUGCUGUGCUUAAUUCGAAAGGAAUGGUGGUUAAAAAGUCAAACCGGAAAAUAAAAACAGCGUUCAGUGAAAAUUUUGAAAUACCUGACAUUGCUGAGCCUGGAACUUGGAAAAUUGAAGCCUGGUUUCAUCAAUAUGAGAUGUCAAAUGUUUCUGCUGAAUUUGAAGUUAAAUAUUAUGAACUUCCGUCUUUUGAAGUCAAACUCAUCCCACUUCAGCCAUACUACCACAUCUGGAAUGAAAACUUUGUGUUUGAUAUUGAGGCAAAACACUCUUAUGGGAAAGGGAUUCAAGGUGCUGCAUAUGUGCGAUUUGGUGUAAUUGAUGAAAACGAGAAAAAGGUCUUUGUUCCAGGCCUGGAGCAGCAGCUAUCGAUUCAGAAUGGAAAAGGAAAAGUUACUUUAAAUACAACACUUCUGGAAGAGAAAUUAAGAAGGAGUAUUUCCACUCUGGAAGGGUUUCAUUUAUAUGUUGCUGUUACCACUGUAGAAACUGCAAGUGGUGAGAUGAGGGAAGAGGAACUCACCAAUGUGAAGUUUGUGAAAUCUCCUUAUGUUGUUGAUCUGUCUAACACCAAAAAGUUUUUUGUGCCUGGAGCCUCCUUCUCUGUUGUGGCAUUUCCUUGAAGUGCUUCUGUCACUUUGAUUGAUGGCUCUCCUGCUGCCUCUCUACCUGUCACUGCUACUGUCACCUUGCCUGGAAAACCCCCAGUGAAGAAGACUGCACUUUCUAAUAAAGACGGUCUAAUCUCCUUUAUAUUUGACAUCCCUGGAGAUGCUCAGAUGCUUCAAAUAAUGGUAAAGGCUGAAGAGGGAAAAGAAAAGUUAGAAUCACCUGAAGCCAGUGUCAGAGCUGAAAGAUACCAGUCUGCUUCCCCAAACUACCUCAGCAUCAGCAUCCCGCAUACUCUCGUGGCACCUGGAGAUACCUUGCGCAUCACCCUGAAUGACAUCCAUCAGUCUGGCAGUGCAAAGAUCGACUAUUUCUAUUAUAUGGUUGUGGCAAAGGGACAAGCUGAGAUUUUGGGGAGGGUCGCCUCCUCAGACAAAAUAAUAAGACUUAAAAUCAAUGAGAGGAUGGUGCCUGCCUUUCGCUUUUUAGCUUACUACUUCAUUAAGAAUGAGGACCGUCAAGAGAUCAUCGCUGAUUCUGUAUGGGUGGACGUUAUGGAUGUCUGUGAAGGAAAGAUUAACGUGAGAACGGAACGAGAGAUAUAUGAACCAACAGACAGCGUCAAUUUGCUGAUUGAAACGGACCAUGCGGGAACAGUGGCCUUAGCUGUGGUUGAUAAAGCAGUUUUUAUUCUGAACAAGAAAAAUAAGCUUACAGCCAAAAAAGUAUUUAAUGCUAUGAAUUCAUAUGAUCUUGGAUGUUCUCCUGGUGGUGGUGCAAAUAGUGCUCAAGUUUUUACUGAUGUUGGUCUGGCCUUUUUAUCAGAUACAAUUAAAUCCAACAUUCGGGAAGGCUAUAAAUGUUCCCAGGUUAGCAGAAGACAGAAGAGGGAUUUGGAUUUUCAGAAGAAAAUGUCAGGAAUCGUCAGCAAAUAUCAAAACACUGAUCUACGAAAAUGCUGUGAAGAUGGGAUGAAAUUAAAUCCCAUGAGGCUUCCUUGUGCGAAAAGGCUAACAAAGGUGGCUGGCUCCCCCAAGUGCAGAAACGCCUUCCAGGACUGCUGUGAGAAAGCCACAGCCCUCAGGAACGAGGCGAAGAAGAGGAUCAGAGUGGGCUUGGCACGAUACUAUGAUGAAUAUGACGAAAUGUUUGAUGAAACCUCUGUCAACUUGCGGAGCUAUUUUCCUGAGAGCUGGUGGUGGAAUUUUGAAGAAGUGAAAAACCCUGGAAAACAUAGUGUUAAAAACUUUGCUCCUGACUCUAUAACUACCUGGGAAGUUCAGGCAAUAAGCAUAUCUCCCCAAAAAGGAUUUUGCAUAGCUGACCCCCACACUUUUGCAGUUUUCAAAGACUUUUUUGUAUCCCUAAGAUUACCAUACUCCGUCAGACGACAUGAGCAACUAGAAAUAAGAGCAGUGGUUUACAACUACCUGUCCAGCGAUCUCCAGGUUACAGUGAGGAUGGAUGCAGUCAAGGGGCUCUGCACCACAGAGGCGGCAGAGAAGUCUCCGCAGAUGACACUGGUGGCCAAGGGGAACUCUGCAACACCUGCCUACUUCUCAGUUGUCCCUCUGACUGUGGGAGAAAUCCCAAUUACUAUUACCGUUUUUGAUACCAUUUCUGGGUACGCUGACAGCAUUAGGAAGAACCUCAAAGUUUUGGCUGAAGGUAUUUUACAGAGAGAAGAAAAGACUGUUUGCAUUAGCAGUGACUUAAGGUCCCAUACACUGGAGCUGAACAAACCACCUGAUAUGGUGCCGGGUUCUGACAGUCAUGUGCUUGUUAGCCUGAAAGGGAAUAUGAUGGAUGAGUCUGUUGAAAAUUGUCUUAGUCUCACUGGAGUCGAGAAACUUAUUAAAGUGCCCACAGGCUGUGCAGAGCAAACAAUGGUGAAAAUGGCCCCUGCGGUCUACGCUAUUGAGUACUUGGAUGCCAGUGAGCAGUGGGUGAACUUCAAUCUUGAACAGAAGGAGGAGGCCAUUAAUAUGAUUGAAAAAGGUUAUGCUAGACUGCUUGAGUUUCAGAAGGCAGAUGGCUCCUAUGGAGCAUUUAGAGUAAUCCCCAGUAGUGUAUGGUUAACUGCAUUCAUUGUUAAAGUACUCACAAGGUGCAGAGAAUACAUUAGUAUCCAAGACAGUCACAUACGCAGCUCGAUUUCCUACUUGAUUAAUCAACAGCAGGCAGAUAAUUCCUUCCACGACCAUCACCCAGUAUUGGACAGGACUAUGCAGGGUGGCAUUGGGUCAGCAGAAGAGGAUUUGGCUUUGACAGCAUUUGUAACUAUAGCAUUGCAACAGACUCUACAGGUCUACAAGUCACCUGACGUGGUACAAGUGAUUAGAGGAGCCGUGGCUUACAUGAGAAAUCAACUUUCAAGGAAUUCUAACUGCUAUUCUACAGCCAUCACUGCUUAUGCUCUAACACUUGUGCAGUCUAAUGGUGAAGAAGCCCAGUUUGCAAAAGAAAAAUUAAGAGGCUGUUCUGUUUUUGAUGCAGCAAAGAAGCAGCGCUACUGGGGAAAUGGCAAAAACGCACUCUCAGUGGAAACCACUGCCUAUGCAUUGCUUCAAACAUUGCUCCUGAAAGAUAUAGAGUAUGCAAGGCCUAUUGCUACGUGGCUGACGGAAAAAAGGAACUAUGGUGGAGGAUACUGCUCUACACAGGACACAGUGGUGGCCCUAGAAGCUCUGUCAGCAUACAGCAUACAGACAUUGAACACUGCUUCCACUGACCUGACUGUACGACUGGGAACACCUGGAAGACAAAAGGACUACAGCAUUACUCUAACCGAUACUGAUGACGCAGUUCAGAAGCAGCUAGAGUUUGAACUUGGGAGAAAUCUUGAAGUGUCUGUACGUGGCAGAGGAACUGGGACAAUGAGUGUAUUAAAAGUGUACUGGUCUUCUGAGCUGAAGAACACCACAUGUAAUGAUUUGAUUUUGACGGUGGAAAUGGAAGGGAACAUUCAGUACUCGGAAGAUGCAUACUCUGAUGAAAUCGAAGAUUAUGGGGAUUUAAUUGCUGCAGAAAGCAACACGUUUCAGCGACUGCCUGGAAUAGAGUGGUUUGAUAUUCACAGCAGAAGGAAAAGGGAUAUCUCUCCCAGUAAAGCAGAAUUGCUGCAGUACAAAGUCUGUGCCAGGUCCACAGGUCCCAAUGCACCCAAGAUGUCCCUGGUUGAGCUGUCUCUGCUGAGUGGCUUGGAGCCUGACACAAAGGAUCUCGAACAGUUGGUGAUGUCUUCAGACCAGUACAUUCAGCACUAUGAGUACAAGGAAGGAAAGGUUUUGCUCUAUUUCGGUGAGCUCCCAAGUGGACCGGAGCCAGAUUGUGUAUCAUUUGGGGCAAAGCAAAUCAAUCCCAUGGGCUUGGUUCAGCCAGCAAGUGCCAUCCUCUAUGAUUUUUACAACCCUGACAGAAAGUGCACUGUAUUCUACAGUGCUCCCAAGCACAGCGCCAUGCUUUCAAAGGUGUGCCACACCAGUGUUUGCCAGUGUGCAGAAGGUCCCUGCCCAAGACAAAAAUCAACUUUCAGUAAAGCUGUAACACAAAUCACACGCUUUCAUUUUGCCUGCUACCAGCCUACUGCGGAUUAUGUGUACGAGGUGGAGGUCCUCAACAGUACACAGAAGAAUGUGUUUGAUUACUAUGAGGCCAAAAUCCUCACAGUCCUUAAAUCCACUAUGGAUGAAAGCAUCCAAGUGGGCACCCACCGACAGUUCCUAGCGCGCUCCACAUGCAACUUGAACAUGGUUGCCGGCAAACGGUACCUCCUCAUGGGGAAAGAUGGGCAAACGGUUGAUUGCAACAACAAGAUGCAGUAUUUCCUUGAUGCACAAACCUGGGUAGAGAAAAUUCCAGACAACAGCCAGUGCCGCACCACCCUGCACCGGCAAGCCUGUGCUCACUUGAAGGACUUCAUGAUCGUGACUGACAGCCUGUGCACCUUAUGA